GUGUAAACAAACUCCAAUAACGGGUUGAGCCGAGCGGUUUACAGUCGCUCUCUGGUCGCUAAGCAGGCACUUUGUGGUGUUUUGUGUGUCGCUGUGGGUUAUUAAUAGGAGCGAGAGGAGUGCACAGCGAGUUGUUUUUCGUAUCUGGAAAAACUCCAGUCUUGAGCUGGAUGGGUGAUUUUAGUCUGCGUUUCAGACUCAUCUCUUGCUCCAUCUAUGGUGCUUUUGGCUCCCAUUCAACAUCAGUCCGUGACCAGAGUCACACUGAGACAUGGCGAGCUUUGGCAGCUCUCAGAUCAACUCACUUGAGCUAAUCUUUCUUGUGAUCUCUUGCCCUGUCUCCGGUCUCGUUUAAUCCGUUAAACCGCAGCCGAAAGCUUUUCACUUCACUCCAGUACUGAUUUGACCAUCUGAGGAACAACACGGACAGAAUCAUCAGAACCGACCUCCAAAAGAAUUCACCCUUAAUACUGGCACUUCUUUUCACCUCAAAGUGUCAAGUACACACACACACACCACCUUGACCAGCAGCUGUAGUGUUUCUCUCUGCUCGUCCCCAUUUCUGGUUUCCUCAUGAGUGACGGGGAGUGUGACUUUUUCUGCUUCUUCCGCUGCUGCUGAGUUCGGCACAUAGCCCCCCUGGGAUACACGGUCCAGUCUGGGGCAGGUGGCGGCAGCAGCACCGAGGGCCGCUUGUUGGUGGAGAGCGGCGUUUGAGUCGGCGCACGGAUAAGCCCCGAGGGCUAUGUCUGUGGACAUGAGCAGCCAAGCGUCCGACAGUAACGAGGAAGAUUUCGAAGAGGAGGAAAAUGAGGGCGCCGAGGAGGAAGAUCAGGGUGAUAUGACUUAUUAUUAUGAAGGUGUGGCUGGCGAUGUGGAGCAAGCGGAACCUGAUGCUUUCGACCCGGAAGAAUACCAGUUCACAUGUCUGACCUACAGAGAAAGCCAGAGACUGCUGACUGAGGAGGUCAACCAUGUGUCCACCUCCCUUAAGGUGUCACCAGCUGUAGCCAAACUGGUGCUUGUACAUUUCCACUGGCAAGUGUCACAAAUACUAGACAGGUACAAGUCCAAUUCGUCUCAGUUGUUUUGUGAGGCCCAGGUUCAGCCCAUAACCACCUGCCGAUCUCUCACUGCCGUGGCAUCGUUGCAGUGUGGUGUGUGUCUGCAGUUUGUACGGAGAGAAGUGCUGCUCUCUCUACCAUGUCAGCACUCCUUCUGCAAAUCCUGCUGGGAGCAGCACUGCACCGUGCUGGUCAAAGACGGCAUAGGAGUGGGGAUCUCGUGCAUGGCUCAGGACUGUUCUCUUCAAAUGCCAGAGGAUUUCGUCCUGCCCCUGCUGCCCAGCGAAGAACUAAAGGACAAACACAGACGCUACCUCUUCAGGGACUAUGUGGAGUCACACUUCCAGCUGCAGUUGUGUCCUGGCGCAGACUGUCCCAUAGUCAUAAAGGUGCAAGAGCCUCGAGCUCGUAGAGUUCAGUGCAGUCGUUGCAACGAAGUCUUCUGUUUUAAGUGCAGACAGAUGUAUCACGCCCCCACAGACUGCGCUACCAUCCGCAAAUGGCUCACUAAAUGUGCGGAUGAUUCGGAGACGGCCAACUACAUCAGCGCGCACACUAAAGACUGUCCUAAGUGUAAUAUCUGCAUUGAGAAAAACGGAGGCUGCAACCACAUGCAAUGCUCCAAAUGUAAACACGAUUUCUGCUGGAUGUGUCUGGGAGAUUGGAAGACUCACGGCAGCGAGUAUUACGAAUGCAGUCGCUACAAAGAGAAUCCUGAUAUCGUGAACCAGAGCCAACAGGCGCAGGCUCGAGAGGCCCUGAAAAAAUACCUCUUCUACUUUGAGAGGUGGGAGAACCACAAUAAGAGUUUGCAGCUGGAGGCUCAGACAUAUCAGCGCAUUCAGGAGAAGAUUCAUGAGAGGGUCAUGAAUAACCUGGGUACCUGGAUCGACUGGCAGUACAUGCAAAAUGCUGCCAAGCUACUAGCCAAGUGUCGCUACACACUGCAGUAUACCUACCCUUACGCCUACUACAUGGAGUCUGGACCCCGCAAAAAACUGUUUGAGUACCAACAGGCGCAGCUGGAAGCGGAGAUUGAGAACCUGUCAUGGAAGGUGGAAAGGGCGGACAGUUAUGAGAGAGGCGAGGGAGAGCUUAAUGCCACUGAUCGAGGGGAUUUGGAAAAUCAGAUGCACAUUGCUGAACAGAAGAGACGCACACUGCUGAAGGACUUUCAUGAUACCUAAACGUCCAUCUGACAUACUUGCAGCGUUUUUUUUCUCCUCUUUUCCGUCAUCUGUUCAUCCCUCUCCAUCUGUCGCUCGCUCCAAAGAUCCUUUCGCAUCCCCAUCGUUUUUCUUUUUUGCUGUUUCUCAUCUCUCUCUCCCUCUCUGUCCCCCUCCCCAAUUGUAGCACGAUUGUAUCCUGAUUCAAGCCUUCCCCCCACUUUUUUUUAAAUAAACACACCUCCAUAUCAGCUUACAACACACCCACACACAGAGAGUUUAAAACACUCCUGAAACAUGGACUAACUGCUGCUCUUCCAGCUGAUUCCUCCCAGUAAUUGCGGUUUUGUUUUGGUUAUUUGUUCUUUGUCUUUUUUUUGCUUCUCACUGAGUUGAUAUUUUUCUGAAAGUUGGCUGUUGAUAGUUAGCUCAUUUAAAAACAAUGAACCAUGCUGUAAUUUUCAACGGUUGUACAUUAAUACAGAAAUAGUUACUGAGAGAAGGUUUUUAAACCAGA